UCAACGCAGCAAGGAUCAACCACAUUUUCUCAAAAAUUCUCGUUGGUAUCUAUCAGCAGCACCACUUACGAGCUCCGAUGGCUGAAGAAGAGACGCCAAUCGCCAAUUCCUAUGGAAGUUCGUCCAUCUAUAACUCUGUAACUACUGAUUUUGAAGCUGCUGCUCGAGAAGCCGUGCUUCGUGAACAAGAAAUCGAAACCCAGAAAAUCAUUCAAAGUCACAGAGGAGAAGAAGUUGUGGGUGUAGCUUCUAAGGAUGGUACAGACAUUUUGGCAGAACGAUGUGACCCCAAUGCUCUAAAAGAACAUCUACUGAAGAUGACCUCAGAACAUCGUGCAGAAAUGGCAUUAAAGCGCGGGAAACCUGCUAUUCCUGAACAAGGUAACCUGGAAAUAGGAAAUGGGUAUGGAGUACCUGGUGGAGGUGCUUAUUACAAUGCUCCAAGGCCUAAUAGAAAUUUGAGAGUUGGAAGUGAUGAGAUCGGUCAGAAAAAUUCUGAACUUGAUAAAGAGUCAGAUCAUAAGUCUGUCACUAAAGAAUUGCCUGAGUAUCUGAAGCAGAGAUUGAGAGCAAGGGGUAUCCUUAAAGAUGAUUCAAAAAAUGGCGAUCCUACAAAUAAUAAGAAGUUGGAGACGAGUUCAGCUCAACCCGUUGAUAGAGGAAAGUUGCCUACUGGGUGGGUGGAGGCAAAAGACCCUAACAGUGGUGCUUCAUAUUAUUACAAUGCGAGUACAGGGAAGAGUCAAUGGGAAAGACCUGUUGAAACAUUUUCUGUUUCGGAAAGUCAAUCAGUUGUACCCCUUCUGGGCAACUGGGUGGAGGCAGUUGAUGAAAGUAGCGGUCGGAAGUAUUACUACAAUAUGGAUAGCCAUGUGUCGCAAUGGGAGUAUCCUGGUUCAUCACAGCCUGUUGCGUCCCAGCAGACUGAAAACAUUAUUUCCAGAAAUGCAACUAAUGGGAUAUGGGAUAACCAAGCACCUGAGCUGGAGAAAUGCAUGCACUGUGGUGGUUGGGGAGUAGGCCUUGUUCAGAUGUGGGGUUACUGCAAUCAUUGCACACGAGUUCUCAAUCUUCCACAAUGCCAAUAUCUGUCAAGCAGUUUGAAUAACCAGCAGCAGACUAGCACUCCAAAUGCCAAAGAAGAAUCUGGCAAAAAGGCUCCCAAGCAGAGGUCCAAUUGGAAGCCUCCUAUGGGCAAAGGUAAUAGGAGAGAUAGCAGGAAGCGUGCAUAUGAUGAGGAUGAUGAACUAGAUCCCAUGGACCCAAGCUCUUACUCAGAUGCACCCCGUGGUGGCUGGGUUGUGGGCCUGAAAGGAGUGCAACCCCGGGCGGCUGAUACCACUGCCACGGGUCCUCUAUUCCAACAGCGUCCAUACCCGUCACCAGGAGCUGUUUUGAGGAAGAAUGCUGAAAUCGCUACAUUGUCCAAGAAAGGCGGCUCUCAUUUUACACCUAUUUCCAAGAAAGGGGAUGGGAGUGAUGGACUUGGUGAUGCUGACUGAGAUUUUGAUUUCAUUGGUAUGACUCUCAUAUCUUUGGCUCUACAGUCUUGAGAUAGUUGAAGCCUUGUGCUAUAUGCUAUCUUGACUUUGUCUAUGGUCAAGCCAAGGAUUUUACCUAUACAUGCACCACAUGUUGAUAAACAGUAGACAAACUUUUCACCUGAGCAUUCAUGGCGACAAUUAACAAUGGAAAUUAACUCAGAUACUAAAACGAUGAACUUUUGAGAGAGGGUUUCUAUAUUUGUGUUGGGUGGUUGAUGCUAUUCACCAUCAUGGCUUCAUCAAAUGGUGGAAAGCCUUGAAUUUAGACAAGUCUCGGCCUUUUCUAUCAGCAUAUUUGAGUUAACUCAGCUUACAAGUUUAGAAUUUAGUAGAAGAUCUAUUAUUGCAUAUUUUGUACCUGCAGUUGAUGGAUUUGUUUGGAAUUCUGUAAAAGGAAAAUCUAUAAAUUUUUAUUUGAUGAAAUGUAUAUGUGGAGAGAGAAAAAAGGUAGAACUAAUUUGAUUA